GACGAGCCGCUGGACAAGUACCUCGCGCGCCUGACGCACCUAAAGAUGGACGGGCGGAACAUCGCGCGCAUCGACGCCCUGGGAUGCGCGCCGGGCGUCAGGGUGCUCUACCUGUACGAUAACGCCAUCACUCGCAUCGCCAACCUGGCGCCCCUCGCCAACCUCACGCACCUCUACCUCCAGAACAACGCGCUGACUCGCAUCGAGGGACUGGACACGUGCGCGAACCUGCAGAAGCUCUACCUGGACGGCAACUCCAUCGCGCACGUCGACGGCCUCGACCCGUGUCAGCGGCUGGAGGAGCUGCACGUCAGCGGCCAACGGCUGGGACCGGGGGAGGAGCUCAGGUUCGACGCCGACGCUUGCGCCGCGCUGGCGCGCACGCUCGCCGUGCUCAACGUCGGGCACUGCAACGUGCGGGACGUGAAGCCGCUGAAGGAGCUCGCGUCGCUGCGCAGGCUGGACCUCGAGAACUGCGGCGUCGAGAGCGUGCGCGACCUCGAGCCCGUGCUCUUAAACUGCAAGAGGCUCGUCGAGGUCAAGGUGCUCGGUUGUCCGUUCGCCAAGAACCCCAAGCACAGGGACCACAUCACCCUGCUGUCCGACUCGCUC